UUACCAACGUAUCCCGUAGUAUCACAGGAUGCCGCCACUCCACCCCAAGGUUUUAAAGGCCCACUUUCAAAGAGAAACGUGGAGGUUGGUCCGGACUCCGGAGGUAGUUAAACUUUGGCGCGAAUUAGAAGUAUGAACCAAUUGUCCACCAAUUAAACGGUAAAUGUCUCUCCGAUUGCUCCUACGGAGUUUUAUCACAUGGCGCUCCUGUCGCUUCACUACACUAGCCGCCACCUCUUUGUGUCCCGGAAACAAUUGCACCGCCGUUUUCGACCACCGUGAUCCUUUUCUUUCUCUCUCCUCUAACCCGCCUCCGCAACCCACUUGUCGCUCUGAAAUUCGGGACUUUUUCGUGUAUCAGUACCAGCAUUCUUGUUCCUCAGUUGAAGCUAACCACCUUCAUCUUGGAAUUUACAAACAUGGGUUUGAAGCAGAUUUGUUUCUUCUUAACACCCUUAUCAAUGUGUAUUUAAGAUUUGGUGAUCUUGUUUCUGCACGCAAGGUGUUCGAUGAAAUGCCUGAAAGAAAUUUGGUUACUUGGGCUUGCUUGAUUUCGGGUUAUGUUCAAAAUGGUAUGCCAGUUGCAGCAUGUGCUACUUUCAGGGACAUGGUUUCUGCGGGUUAUGCCCCGAAUAAUUAUGCAUUUGGUAGUGUCUUGCGCGCUUGCCAAGAGUUGGGGCCCGAUUAUAUGAAAUUUGGUAUGCAAAUUCAUGGUUUGAUGUCGAAGACGAGCUUUGCUCAAGAUGCGCUUGUCGGGAAUGUGUUGAUAUCGAUGUAUGGAAGUUGUUGUCUGGAGUCGAUGGAUCAUGCUAGGAGAGUGUUUGAUGAAAUAGAUGGGAAGAUCCCGGUAUCAUGGAAUUCUAUUAUUUCAGUGUACUCUGGAAGAGGAGAUGCAAUAGGUGCUUUUGAGAUGUUUGCAAGGAUGCAACAUGGUGGUUCAGGGUUCAAUUUUAAGCCUAAUGCUUACACAUUGAGUAGCUUAAUUGCUGUCGCGUCUUCGUCUGCACAUUUUGGUACAUUCUUACUUCAGCAAAUGGCUUCAAGAGUGCAAAAAUCUGGACUUUUGGAUGAUUUGUACGUAGGAAGUGCCUUAGUCAGUGGAUUGGCCAAGUUUGGUUUAAUUGAUGAUUCAUGGAAGAUUUUCGAGUGUAUGAGUGCUAAAAAUGCUGUCACUAUGAAUGGCUUAAUGGUUGGGUUAGUAAAUCAAAAGAGAGGAGAACAAGCUGUUGAUGUUUUUAAACAGAUGGAACAUUUGGUUGAAGUCAAUACAAACUCUUAUAUGGUCCUCUUAAGCGCUUGUGCUGAAUUUAGUGAGUUGGAAGAAGGGAGAAGAAAGGGUAAAGAACUUCAUGCAUAUGCAAUCAGAAAUGGCCUAAGGGAUGCUAAGGUUGCAGUUUCGAACGCCAUUAUCAAUAUGUAUGCAAAAUGUGGGGCUAUACAUAGUGCUUGUGCAGUUUUUGAACAAAUGGGUGAGAGAGACUUGGUUACGUGGAACUCACUGAUAGCUGGUCUUGAUCAAAAUGAACGGUUUGAAGAUGCUGUGUUUAAUUUCUUCCGUAUGAGGAGAUCUGGGAUGAGGCCCACGAAUUUUGCAUUGAUAAGUUGUUUGAGCUCAUGUGCUAGCUUGGGUUGGCUGAGGCAAGGGGUGCAGGUACAUGCUGAAGCACUUAAACUUGGACUUGGUUCUGAUGUCUCAGUUUCGAAUGUACUUCUUUCAAUGUAUGCAGGUACAAGAAGUUUCAAUGAAUGCAAGAAACUGUUUUCUUUUAUGCCAGAGCAUGAUCAAGUUUCUUGGAAUUCUAUUAUUGGUGCAUUGGCUGACUCAGAAACGUAUGCAUCUGAAGCUGUGAUGUAUAUCCUUGAGAUGAUGAGACUAGGGUGGAGUCUUAAUGGGGUGACCCUAGUGAAUGUUCUUUCUGCAGUAUCCUCUGACUCUCUUUCACUUUCUAAAUUAGGUCCUCAGGUUCAUGCGUUGGCAUUCAAAUAUUGCUUCACAAAUAACAUAACAGUUGAAAAUUCACUUAUCUCUUGUUAUGGAAAAUGCAGCCGGAUGGAAGACUGUGAAUUAAUAUUUUCAAAAAUGUCUAAGAGGGAUGAAGUUAGUUGGAAUGCCAUGAUAUCUAGUUGCGUUCAUAAUGAGCAGUUAUCCAAGGCUGUUGAUCUUGUAUGGUUCAUGAUGCAGAGUGGUCAGAGGUUAGACCACUACACCUUUGCCACUGUUCUUAGUGCAUGUGCCUCAGUUGCUACUUUGGAGCGUGGGAUGGAAGUCCAUGCUUGUCAAAUCAGGGCUCAUCUAGAAUCUGAUGUUGUGGUGGGAAGUGCAAUUGUUGACAUGUAUGCAAAAUGCGGAAGGAUAGACUAUGCUGCAAGAUUCUUUCAACUGAUGCCGGUAAAAAAUUUGUAUUCUUGGAAUACCAUGAUAUCAGGAUAUGCACGUCAUGGUUUUGCCAAUAAAGCUUUAGAGAUUUUUGAACAAAUGAAGGAAGGAGGUCAACCACCAAAUCAUGUCACUUUUGUUGGAGUCCUAUCAGCUUGUAGUCAUGGCGGAUUGGUUGAAAAAGGUUAUAAGCAUUUUGAGUCUAUGAGCAGCGAAUAUGGAUUGGCUCCUCAAAUGGAGCAUUUUUCAUGUAUGGUCGACAUUCUUGGGCGAUCAGGUAAGUUAGACAAAGUUGAAGAUUUCAUCAACAAAAUGCCUAUGAAGCCAAACAAUCUUAUUUGGAGAACAGUUCUGGGGUCUUGCUGUCGGACAAAUGGGCGCGACAGUGAAUUAGGUAAGCGAGCGGCAGAGAUGCUUUUACAGCUGGAGCCAGAAAAUGGAGGAAAUUAUGUACUACUUGCCAACAUGUACGCUGGUGGAGCAAAGUGGGAAAAAUUGGCCAUUACUCGGUCUGCAAUGAAUUUAGCUGCAGCAAAGAAGCAAGCUGGGAGAAGUUGGGUCACUAUGAAGGAUGGCGUUCACGUGUUUGUUGCUGGAGACAAAUCACACCCUGAGAAGGAUGCAAUAUAUGAAAAACUUGGAGAACUUAUGAGAAAGAUAAGGGAGGCUGGAUAUGUACCACAGACAAGCUUUGCUUUGUAUGAUCUUGAACCAGAGAGCAAAGAAGAACUCCUGAGUUAUCACAGUGAGAAACUAGCCAUUGCUUUUGUCCUUACUCGCAAAUCAAAUUCCACUAUCAGGAUAAUGAAAAAUCUCCGAGUAUGUGGUGAUUGCCACUCAGCUUUUCGAUACAUAUCAAAGGUCAUUGGUCGACAAAUUGUGUUGCGAGACUCUAACAGAUUCCAUCAUUUUUCUGAUGGCAUGUGCUCAUGUGGAGAUUAUUGGUGAUAUUUUGUCCACAAAAUGUUGACUUCUUCAAGCCUUUCAAGUUUUCAAACAUGAGAUGGAAGUGGAAAUAAUAAUGCUGUCUCUGGAUUCGUAUUACUUCAUAUGCUUUGAGCUUAGGAAGCACUAAAAUGAUGAGUUGUGGGUGACGCAGAUUAAUCUUAUAAUCUUGUUUCACGGACUGCACUUGAACUAUGCAGGUUUUCACCGGAACCAAGAAGAAUCAACUAGCAAAUCAAUUGCAUUACUCCUUGAGCCUAACAACAAAUGAAGCCAGCCAAGAGAGUUUGUGGUAAGUUGAAACAUGAUUCUUGGAGUAUGAUGUUAAACAAGAGAAAAACGAGAACACCAUUUUUACAGGUUUCGCAAAGCAUACUAUCAAACCCAUGUCUGGAUUUGCAAGAGUAGGGAGCACUAUUUCUUGUCAAUCAUGCUCCAGGCCAAGAUUUUGUUGCUUCACUUAUGCUAUAAGAUUGGCCAUUGAAAGCUCAAUUGCCUAUUCCUCACCAGAACCAACUUUCCUGUUUCUGUGAAUUUGGAGAAGUUGGUCACAGAUUUGGCGUGAAGAUGGUCUUUCUGCCGGGUGUGUCUUAGUGCACUGGAGUGCAAUUUCAAGAACUUGGAGAGAUGCAUAUUCUUCAUUGGCGGAAAGAGGCUUCAAAUUCAGGUCAAACAGCUUUUCUCGCUCUGUUCCUUCCAUCUCAAUAUGUGUUUCUACCCAUCUAACCAUGUCUAUAUCUGUACCUAAACUUGAAUCUGUUGGCAUUCUUCCGCUUACAAGCUCCAUUAGUACAAUUCCCAUGCUGUAAACAUCACUCUUUUCUGUUGCCUUCAAUGAGUACGCGUACUCUGCCAAAUACAGAAAAACCAAAAAUCUUCAAAUACUAUGAAUUGAAUAGACAUCUUCUUAACAGUGGCUAACUGCAUCACA